AUGAAGUCGACCGCUUUCCUGUCCGCCCUAGCCGCGGCUGCCGUGGGUCUCGUCGCCUCCGAGGAGCUGAAGAUCGACGUGACGCACAAAGUCGCCUGCGAGCGCAAGACCAAAAACGGCGACAAGGUCUCCAUGCACUACAGAGGCACGCUGGGCGGAUCCGGGAAGAAGUUCGAUGCCAGUUACGAUCGCGGGGAACCAUUGACCUUUACGCUGGGAACUGGGCAGGUCAUCAAGGGCUGGGAUCAAGGCCUGCUCGACAUGUGCAUCGGAGAGAAGAGGACGUUGACGAUUCCGCCGGAGCUUGGGUACGGCGAUCGCGGUGUCGGGCCUAUCCCCGCUGGCUCGGUUUUGGUUUUCGAGACCGAAUUGGUGGGAAUCGCCGGAGUUCCUUCGCCAGACGAGGCGAAGAAGGAGGGGCUGGCGCAAAAGGCUGGCGAGAAGAUAGCCAGCGUUGCCUCGGAGGCCGCGGAAGCUGUCAAGAUUGCCGUCGCCGACACGGACGGUGGUUCUCAAGAACAUGAGGAACUCUAA